AUGUCCAACGCUUUUGCGUCCUCCAUCGGUGCCAGCGGCGGCGUGACCGCGUCGGCCAUCGUUGCCCCGGUCGUCGGGUCCGGCUCGCACAUCCUCCGCAUCGACGGCUACUCCUGCACAAAGGGGAUCGGCAACGGCACACACAUCGCGUCCGAGACGUUCGCCGCCGCAGGGCACCGCUGGUGCUUGCACUACUACCCCGACAGCGUGAACCGCCACGACUCCGGUGAGAUAUGCAUCUUUCUGAAGCUUGUUGACGUCGAUGCCGAUAAAGUGGAAGCCAAAUACACGAUUAGUCUGCUCGACCAUGAUGGGAAUCCAAGGCCGCAAUACGUCCGUGCGGGCCAGAAUACCUUUUCGGGCAGAGACACUUCGACGCCGGGGGUUGGUCUCAUCGAGAGGAGCGAGCUUGAAGGAUGCGGUUACCUCAAGGACGACGCUUUCGUUAUCAGGUGCGAUAUCAUCGUGGUAAAGGAGAUCUUCACCAAGGCCAUCCCGGUCUCCGAAAUUUUCCGUCCCGUCAUGAAACGGGAGAUGUGA